AUGUCUUCGCUCUUCAGAAAUCGUUUCAAAAUUGGUGGAAACCCAGAUCGAUCGGCUUCUGCGGUUCAGUCGGUAACAGCGAGUGGCAAUAUUCAAGUCAUAGAUGGGGAUUUGAAAUAUGUCGGGGAGCAAGGUGGUAACAAUGCUCCUAUUGCCUACCAAGAAGCGAGCGGAGCUCCUGUCGAGACACAUUCCCCUUUGGGAUACAAUGUUGGACCUAUCACGAUAGUAUUCUUGAAUCUCUCGAAGAUGAUCGGCACAGGAAUAUUCUCGACGCCCGCAUCGAUUUUGAAAGGUACGGGCUCGGUUGGGCUUAGUCUGAUCUUCUGGACAAUUGGAUUCUUCACAUCAAUAUCUUCGCUAUCGGUGUAUUUGGAAUAUGCAGCGUGUUUUCCGUCUCGAUCAGGUUCUGAGGUGGCCUAUCUAGAACAAGCGUUCCCGCGACCCAAGUGGUUGUUUCCGACCACAUUUGCGAUCCAAUCAGUCAUCUUAUCUUUUAGCUCUGGCAACGCAGUGGUUAUGGCCAACUACCUCUACAAGAUUGGAGACUAUCAAGCAAAGCCGUGGGAAACCAAGGGGCUUGCGGUCGCCUGCUACACGGCUGCUGUGUUGGUAGUACUGUUCCAUACCAGAGCAUCUUACUGGAUUAGCAAUGCAAUUGGGGCAAUCAAACUGAUAACACUAGUGUUCAUUGCUAUCACGGGGCUGGUUGUGCUGGGUGGACACACCAGGGUCAAAAACCCUUCAGCCGGAUUUCGCGAUGCUUUUGACGGUAGUCCGUCGGGAUAUGGUGUCACCAACGCCAUGUACAAGAUCAUCUUUGCGUAUGCUGGAUAUGAAAAUGCAUUCAAUGUGGUCAACGAGGUGAAGAACCCGGUAAAGAGCAUCAGGAACAAUGGAUUUGCCGCAGUAGUACUUGUUGCCAUCUUGUACAUCUUGGCAAACGUGGCUUAUUUUGCCGCCAUUCCCAAGGAAGAAAUUUUAGCAGGCAAAACAAUCGCUGCUGGUAUUCUAUUCACCAAGGUGUUUGGAGACCAUGGUGCUGUCCGUGGCCUCAAUUUCCUCAUAGCACUGAGCUCGUUCGGCAAUCUGAUCGCUGUCCUUCUAGGGUCCUCACGAUUGAUUAGAGAAUGUGGUCGACAAGGCGUGCUUCCUUGGCCACAGUUCUGGGCAUCCACCAAACCAUUCGGUACCCCAAUAGGACCAUACUUCACAAAAUGGGCGCUCACUAUUCUCAUCAUCCUUGCAGUGCCAGCGGGCGAUGCUUUUUCAUUCAUCACGGACCUUCAGGUGUAUCCCUCAGCUUGUUUCAGUCUUCUCAUGGCCGUUGGGCUCUAUGUGCUACGGUUUCGCCGUAAUCGCCUUGGACUUCCACCACCCUCCUUCCGUGUUUGGAACAUCGUACUCAUUUUCAACAUUUUAAUUCAGCUAUACCUAAUCAUCAUGCCAUGGUAUCCACCAACUGGCGGAGCGACAGGUGGCGAUGUCAGCUUCUGGUACGGUACCUACAUCGUGGUUGGGAUUGGCAUACUACUCAUUUGCGGGUUGUAUUACUAUAUCUGGAUCAUUUGGCUGCCUAAGCUUCGAGGCUACAAGGUGCGCCAAGAGGUUCUGGAUCUUGGAGAUGGAGCGCAAACACAUGUGCUUGUGAAGAUACCGUACGACCAGAUCAGCGAAUGGGAUGCGCAGCAUGACGCGUAUGGUAGGAUAAUAAGUCAGAGCGAUCUUACCAAAACCAGCUCAUAA